GCUUGACCUUCUUCACCUGCGCCUUGAUAUAAAAACUUCAGGUACAGUAAAAGCGACUCUUCCAUUAUGCGUGCCAAUUUUUCCUGUGAUCAAACACUGCCAGUCAAUAGAGCGCUACGGUUUUACUUCUUCCAGAGCCCGAAAUGUCGGACGGCGGUAGUUCCAUCCAAUAUCAAAGGAGUAUUGGGACAUCUAGUGACUUGUCAAAAAUGAUCGAAAGCACCAAAUAUAAUGCUGAGUUUAGCUUGGGUAUGAGACCAGAAAUUAAACAAUUAUAUCGAACGGAUGGCCGCUCGCACUGGGAUGACUGGGAUCCCGAGAAUACCCCUAUGGAUGUCGAAGCAAGCUCCUACGCCCAGGAAUGUGCUCUAAUCGUCCGGAAAUUGCCACAGCAAGACACGCAUCAGAUCGCCCUAGAUUCCAUCACUGUCCAAAGCCCAUUGAUAAAAAAUGUACUCAACCUUGUGUUUGAAGGAUAUGAGGGCCUCGAUACCCGCUUGAAGCAGCUCACAUUCAGCGCGCCUUUUCAUCCAUUCUACUAUCGGUGGCAUCGACUAAGAAAGGUUCGCGAUGAUGAACAGGACUACGAUACGAAAGUUCAUAUUGACCUCUUGUAUACGAUUCUGAAACAGGAAAUCCUGCCCCAUAUUGAGGCGAUGGAGGACUUUGUCAAGAAUGAGGCGAUCAACUAUAACUAUCUGUGGACGAUCUUCGCUCCGGGAAUGGAGCUUUACAGCAAGGUCAAUAGCCAAGAUCGAAUGUUUUUGCUAACGAACACUAGCUACGGAGGUAACAUGAGCGGAGAGUUUUUCUCCUUGGAUUGCCAGUAUAUUGACUGCGAUGGAUCGACUUUUGGGCACAUCACAACUUCGAUCGACAUCUACAAGUUUGAGGGUGUGAAGAAAAUCACCGAACUCGAUGUAUUCCCCUGUCACUUACACCACGAUGCUGAGGGUGUAGUUGAGCGGCUGCACGCGCGUGGUGAGAAAAGUGAGCAGUUGAAUGGACUCCACCACGUGAUGUAUUCCGGAUUUUAUACAACCACAUCUUCCAAGCAGGCCCGCAAGCGCUACGUCGAAAAAGGCCGCAUCAUCAUCGAUCCUCAUACCUUCAAGAUCUAUGGUAUGGGUAACCAUGAUCUCGAGUCAACCGUAACCGGAUCACCUAUAGUCUCGAGUAAUGACGACGAUUUCGGUUACAGUAUGAUACAUAAGGCAACAAGCCAAGCUCUUCAUCGCUUCAUGGCGACCUUGGAGAAGUUCGAAAGGCAGAAAAUGGCCGACUUGCAACAUAGUUCGAACUAUCUGACUCCCAGGCAACGAUUACUGUGCACUCCGUACAUCCGGGGCUACUGCCUCAGGACCAAGGCUUGGGCUGAGUUUCAUGUCGAGAACGUCAGCCCUGUAUUCUGGAGCGAAGAUGCAUUCACAAAACUUGUGCUUCCUCAUGGAUAUAAAGACAUCAUCCGAGCCUUUGUGCAGGAGCAAUUAUCCCGUGAAGACGACUUUGAUGAUAUUAUUUAUGGAAAAGGCCGAGGCUUCAUUAUGUUGCUCAGCGGGGAUCCUGGUAUUGGUAAGACACUAACGGCAGAAUCUGUCGCCGAAGAAAUGCAUCAGCCGCUAUACUCCAUGAGUGCCGGCGAACUGGGAGAGACAGCCACCGAAGUUGAAGAGUCCCUGGAUAAAGUUCUGGAGCUUGUCAGCAAGUGGAACGCUAUCCUGCUACUUGAUGAGUGCGAUAUGUUUGUCGAGGCCCGCACAGCCACUGAUAUACGACGGAACCGUUUGAUCUCAAUCUUCUUGAAGAAGCUCGAAUACUACCAAGGCGUGAUGUUCCUUACGACAAACCACAUCAGCAACUUUGAUGCUGCUUUCGAAUCGCGCAUUCACCUCACUAUCCGCUAUCCUGCUCUAGACGCUAAGAGCAGACUGCUCAUAUGGAAAACCUUCGCCGAGGGGGGCAACACGGAAAGUCGACUCUCCGAUAGCGAUUUGGAACUGGUGGCAAAGCACGACUUGAAUGGUAGACAGAUCAAGAACAUAAUGAAAGCAUCUCGUUUGCUUUCAAGACAGAGAAGGGAAUCAUUGUCUAUAGAUCACGUCGAGAUAGUGUUGAGAGUCAAGCAAGGGAACUUCAUCAGUAGCAAUUAAGACUUAACCAGUU